AUGACAGGUGAACUACCAGAAGAGCUUUCGAAUUUGGCAUCACUGAGUUCGCUCGCUGCAGGAAGAAAUUCCUUAUCCGGUGAUAUCCCACCUCGCAUCUUCAACAUAUCAACCUUGCAAAUAUUAGACCUUUCAUUCAAUCAGUUUUCCGGUACCCUUCCUUCAAACACGGGGCUGUCACUUCCCAAUCUCGAACACCUCGGUUUACAGUUAAACAAACUCAGCGGCCCCAUUCCUGCCUCUAUCAACAACGCUUCUCAGCUUGGUGAAUUGAUAUUGCAAGUAAAUUCAUUCACCGGCCCCAUUCCCAGUUUAGCUAGUUUAAGGUUCCUAACCUUGUUUGUACUCAGCCAAAAUAACUUGAGCGCAACCCCGGAAAUGGAAUUUCUCUCUUCAUUAACUAAUUCCAACUAUCUGGAGGUUAUUGACAUAGCAGUAAAUCCGCUCCUGGGUUGUGUUCUACCUUACUCCAUUGCGAAUCUAUCCCAAUCUCUCGAGUUUUUCCUUGCGCACGGCACAAGUAUCGGAGGUGCCAUUCCUUCUCAAAUAGGAAACUUGACCAAUUUGAUAGGUUUAGAGCUAAGUGAGAAUCAGUUGAGUGGAUCAAUUCCGGCAACAAUAGGAAAUUUGAAGAAACUUGGGAAAUUAGACAUCGAUGUUAAUAAGUUGCAAGGAUCUAUCCCUCUCGAGCUUUGUCAGAUGAGUGAUUUGGCGGAGUUCUACAUGAGCAACAACGAGCUCGAAGGUCCAAUACCUGAAUGUUUGGGUGUAAUGCGAUCCCUCAGGAUGAUUGACUUUGCCUCAAAUAAAUUGAAUUCCAUCAUCCCUUCCAUUUUUUGGAAUCUCAAAGACCUCGUCUAUCUUAACUUGUCCUCAAACUAUAUGAGUGGUCAGAUCUCAUCUCAGGUUGGAAACUUGAAGGUAAUCAACCAAAUAGAUUUCUCCUUUAAUCUAUUUUCUGGUCAUAUUCCCACCUCCAUCGAUCGUUGCCAAUCAUUAGAAAAUCUCAUUUUGUCAAACAAUAAAUUUGGUGGAUCCAUCCCUCAAUCGCUGGGAAAUAUGAAAGCUCUGACAAAACUAGAUUUAUCUAAUAACAGUUUUACUGGAUUGAUUCCCAAAUCUUUACAAGAGCUCAAAUUCUUGAAGUACUUCAAUGCUUCUUACAACAAAUUGGAAGGGGAAAUUCCAAAUGGGGGCUGUUUUUCCAACUUUACUGCUCUAUCAUUUGUGCACAACUCAGCUCUUUGCGGUCCAGCAAGAUUUGAAGUGCCGCCUUGUCCAGAGAUCGAUGGAGGAUCAAACUCAAAGAGUGUUGCUCGAUUAAUGAAGUACAUUUUGCCUCCUCUACUUUCAGCUAUUGCAAUAGUGAUCAUUGUAGUUAUUCUCAUAAGACGAUGGAAGCAUGUAAAAGUGAGAAUUCCAGUUUCGACUUCGUUAGGUAAUCCUUGGAGAAUAAUCUCUUACCUUGAACUGUCGCGAGCAACAAAUUCCUUUAGUGAGACGAAUCUACUUGGGAGAGGAAGCUUUGGUUCAGUGUUUAGAGGGAUAUUUGAUGAUGGACUGACUUUUGCGGUGAAAGUGUUUAAUAUCGAGUUGGAAGGAGGUAACAAGAGCUUCGAAACUGAAAGUAGAAUAAUAAGCAACAUUCGACACAGGAACUUAGUUCGAGUUAUCGGUUGUUGUACCAACAUGGAAUUCAAGGCUUUGAUUCUUCAGUUCAUGCCAAAUGGAAGCUUGGAGAAAUGGUUAUACUCCGAUAACUAUUGUGGAGAUAUUCUACAGUUAUUAAACAUCUCAAUUGAUGUUGCUUUAGCUCUGGAGUACCUUCAUCACGGUAAUACUUUCCCCAUUGUGCAUUGCGAUAUAAAGCCGGGCAACGUGUUGCUCGAUGAAGAUAUGACUGCUCGUGUUGCUGAUUUUGGUAUUGCGAAGCUCUUUGAGGAAGGGGAGGCCAUGGUCCACACCAAAACACUUGCUACAAUCGGCUAUGCAGCACCAGAGUACGGGUCGGAAGGGAAAGUAUCCACAAGUGUCGAUGUAUACAGUUUCGGGAUAAUGAUGUUAGAGAUGUUCACCAGAAAGAAGCCGACAGAUGACAUGUUCGACGGGGAGAAGAGCUUGAAGGAGUGGGUGAGUGAAGCAUUGCAAGCAAAUGAAAUUAGUCAGGUGUUUGCCCCUGCUUUGCUUCCAGCACGAGAUCGACAUUUCGAUAAGAAGAUGAUUGGGAUAACAUCUGUGUUUGAAUUAGCAAUGAAAUGUUUAGCCAUUUCGCCCGACGAAAGAAUCAACAUGAUUGAAGCAGCAGCCACACUAAAGAAGAUCAAAGAAACAGUUGAAACAAGAGUGACAAGGAGUCAACAACAUGCAAUUACCAUCACUUGA